ACCAAAGAACAAAUGAAAUCCCCCGACACCCACAAUGCCAAAACCAGAAAAGCCCAUGGAUUUCAACACGAGCGAUUUGUUGUAUAAUCUUCUCUUCUUCUCCUCUAUAGAAGAAAACAUAUCUUAUACCCACAAAUCAUAAUUUUGCAAUCUCUCUAGAUCUGAUUUUUCUCCAACCUUGUUAUUACAAUCUGUUUUCUUUUCCCCUUUUGUAUUUUUUUGGACAAAUAACUUUUCUUUGUACCUCGGCUAUAAAUGGAAGGAUCAUCCAGUUUUGUUGUUUGGGAUUGACAAGGUGUGGUCUGAUAUUCUCUGAGCAAGGCAAGGGAGAAAGAAGUUGUCCCCUCUUCUCUGAUUAAUGGUGUCUGCUUUCAUUAAUGCAUGCUUGAUUUCUGAAGUUGCUAUUGGGGGCUUAAGGAUUGAAGACAGGCUAGAACAUAGUUUAGGCUUUGAAAUAGUUGUCAACUCUGGUUUUAUGACUAGUUUGGUUGCGGGAUUAUUUGGUUGAGAAUGUGAGCGAUGGUAUCAACGACAUUGAUGAAGUUUGUUAAUCCCUGUUGGAAGCCUUCUGUUGAGGGUGAAAAUUCUAGUAGAGGUGGGGAUACCUGUGGCCGGGUUGAUGGCUUGUUGUGGUACAAGGAUUCAGGAACCCAUGUUAAUGGGGAAUUCUCGAUGGCCGUCAUUCAAGCUAACAAUUUGUUGGAAGACCAUAGCCAACUUGAAUCAGGGCCGAUGAGCUCGGCUGAAUCAGGUCCUCAGGGAACGUUUGUGGGAAUAUAUGAUGGCCAUGGAGGUCCAGAAACUGCCCGAUUUAUAAAUGAUCACCUAUUUGAAAAUAUCAAGAAAUUCACACUGGAGAAUCAUGGAAUGUCUGCUGAUGUUAUUCAUAAAGCCUUUUUGGCAACAGAAGAGGAGUUUCUUUCUCUUGUGAAGAAGCAGUGGCUAAGUAAGCCACAAAUUGCUUCCGUUGGCUCAUGUUGUUUGGUAGGUGCAGUUUGUAGUGGACUGCUAUACAUUGCGAAUGCAGGAGAUUCUCGAGCGGUGUUAGGAAGACUGGAAAAAGCUGUUAAAGAAGUCAAAGCUAUUCAGUUGUCAACUGAACACAACGCUAGUAUAGAAUCCGUGCGUGAGGAGUUGCGGUUAUUGCAUCCUAAUGAUCCACAGAUUGUGUUGUUGAAGCAUAACGUUUGGCGUGUGAAGGGUGUGAUACAGGUUUCGAGAUCCAUAGGCGAUGCAUAUUUGAAGAAGACAGAAUUUAACAGGGAGCCUCUGUUAUCAAAGUUUAGACUGCCUGAACCCUUCCGUGAUCCAAUUCUUAAAGCUGAGCCAACAAUUUUAGUGCAAAAAGUUUACCCUGAAGACCAGUUUCUUAUAUUUGCAUCAGAUGGUCUAUGGGAGCACCUCAGCAAUCAGGAAGCAGUCGACAUUGUCAACAAUAGUCCACGUAAUGGCAUUGCACGGAAACUUGUGAAGGCGGCACUCUGUGAGGCGGCAAAGAAAAGAGAAAUGAGAUUCUCGGACUUGAAAAAGAUUGACCGUGGUGUGAGGAGACAUUUUCAUGAUGAUAUCACAGUUAUAGUAUUGUUCCUUGAUUCACAUUUGAUCAGUCGCAGCUCUUGGUGCGGGCCUCUUCUUUCAAUCAAAGCAGGUUGUGGUAUCUCCGGAAAUGCCAACACUUAGUGCAAGAGGUUCUAAACACUUUCCACAUAAUCACUAUUUUCUCAUUUGUAUUAACAGUAUCUCUUUCCCUGUUGAGGAGACAUUAAUGAAUUUAUUUUGUUAAUGUAUAGCCACACUGCUUGGGAACUUGUUUUCAUAACAUGAUAAAAGAUCUCAUAAUAGAUUGUAGAGUUGAUGCUAAGACAGAUGAUUGCAAAAAUCACUGUUAAAAGUUGUCAGUUGACGGCAUAUGAUACUCUCCAAGUACCAUCCCUACUGGCUGUGUCUAUACUUAGUUGCCUAACCAUUAUAAAGAAUAUUUUUAUUGAAGGUGAGAUUCAAACACAUGGAAUAUGACUUGUUCAUAGUUUACUGCC